CAUAGUCAGAGUGAGAAGAAAAGAAAAGAAGGGAAAAGAAAGAAAGUGCACCCACCACCAGUUUAUCCUAGUAAGCGAUGAGUGAAGGUGACAUAACGUGCAACCUAUAACAACAUCCAAACGCUUCUGAAUCACAAAAACAAAAAGCCUUGCAACCCAAAUAUGGCAUGCCACUGACAUACAUUGAGAUAUCUCAAUUUGUGUUCGAGCUGCCAAUCUCUGAUACCGUAUGCUUAUACAGUAUACUAUACAAGAACAACGAAUAUAUAUACAUAUAUGCAGCAGAAGAGAAGAGAAGAGAAAUAGUUAGCUAAGUGAGUGAGUGAUGUUUCCCCCUGUCGAUAUCAACGACAUAAGAGAGAAGCUCUCCUACCAGUUUCGCCCUUUGCAACGGUCCUUCCAAUUCUGGGUUCGAGCCAUUGAUAUCUACACUGGUUACAAGGUGUUUCAAGUGAGAGUGAAUUUCGAGAGGGAUGUGCAGAAGCGAGAAGCAUUGUGGGAAAGGCAGCACGAGCUCGCUGCUGACAAGGUUUACGCCAUGUGUGCCGACCUCGGUGGUUUCUUCCUCAAGAUCGCACAAAUUUUAGGGAAGCCUGACCUAGCCCCGGCUGCGUGGGUGAGAAGGCUUGUCACGCUGUGUGAUCAGGCUCCUGCGACCCCAUUUCAAACUGUAAAGUUGAUACUGGAGAAUGAGCUAGGACAGGGUAUUGACGAUGUGUUUGAUAGAUUUGAUAUGGAACCCCUUGGUUCUGCUUCGAUUGCUCAGGUUCAUAAAGCAAGACUGAGAGGGGAUAAAAGUGAUGUUGUUGUCAAGGUUCAACAUCCUGGCGUUCAGGAUCUGAUGAUGACAGAUCUCCGUAACUUGCAAGCUUUCGCUCUGUACAUGCAAAAGACAGAUAUCAAAUUUGAUCUAUAUUCGGUGACAAAGGAAAUGGAAAAACAGAUUGGCUAUGAAUUUGAUUUCAAGAGGGAAGCUGCUGCGAUGGAAUGUAUUAGAAAGUUCUUGUAUCAAAAUAACAGAAGGGCUCCUGUUUUGGUUCCACGGGUAAUACGAGAUAUGGUUACUAGGAGGGUACUGGUGAUGGAGUUUAUUGAUGGGAUUCCAAUAAUGAACCUUGGUGAUGAAAUAGCAAAGAGAGGCAUAAACCCUCGUGGUAGGGCGGCAGCAGCAGCAAAGCAGAAGAUUCUUCAAAGCUUGACUCUAGCUUAUGGUCAAAUGAUAUUGAAAAGUGGAUUCUUCCAUGCAGAUCCUCACCCAGGAAAUAUCCUGAUUUGUAAAGGAUCAGAGGUUGGCUUGCUGGACUAUGGGCAGGUGAAGGAUCUCCCAGAACCAUUGAGGCUUGGUUAUGCUAAUCUAGUUCUUGCAAUUGCUGACGGUGACCAAUUAAGAGCUGCAGAAAGCUAUAGGGAGCUUGGUAUAGAAACCAUUAGCAAUUGUGAAAAUGAGCAACAAGAAUUGUUUAGACUAGCAACGACGAUGUUUGAUACAAAAUUGCCUCCAGGGGUCACAAUGCUGCAACCUUUCUCAGAGGAGUCUUCAAUAAAGAAAAUCGGGGUUCAAUCUUUCCCAGAAGAACUGUUUUCGGUACUUCGGACAGUGCAUCUAUUGAGGGGACUUAGUGUUGGACUGGGAAUCAAUUAUUCUUGUGCAGAACAGUGGCGACCCAUUGCAGAAGAAGCUUUAUUUCAGGCGGGAAGACUUCAAGAUGUCCCAACAUCCCGCUAAACCAGCUAAUAUCUGAUUCCAAGCUCUUGGCUUUCUUACAGGCAAGGAUGUUAAGCCCAGGCCUAAAAAGCGCCGUUCGUGGAGAAGAUUAUUUUCGAGAGGCUAAAUAGUUGACAUUGAUGGUUACCGAUGAUCCGUAUUUUAUCACUAGGAUUUUGGGUGGCGGUACCUUGCAGGUUCUUUUAGAAUUUUUUUUUUUUAAUUUUUGGAUUGUGCCGUUUUCUUCUAUUUCUUUAUUAUUAUUAUUAUUAUUAUUAUUUUUUUUACAAGAUUAACUCCAUCACGAUUUAUUUUUAGUCUGCUCUCUCUGUCUCAAAAUAAUCAAUGUAUUUGAUUACAAUUUAUCAUAAUAAGAUUUUGUGGUGCCUUGGAGGGUAUUCUUUUAAA